CGUCACAGACAUAACGUACACGUUGUGACCGCUGCAGCAAUCCGCAAUCGUCCGCUAUGGGUAACACAUCGUCACACACGCAUGAACCUCUAGAAAGAGGCAAUUUUCAACGCGGCAAAUAUGGUGAUGUCACAAAUGGGAAAUCCGCUUCAUUUCGUUUUAGCAAAAAGUCGCCCAAGAAAAUGGAUCGUUUGCGACGAUCCUUUCGUGAUUCCUUCCGUCGCAGAAAGGACCGUGUUCCCGAAUCAUCGAAACCCCAUCAAUGGCAGGCCGAUGAAGAGGCCGUCCGUACGGCCACCUGUUCGUUUGGUGUCAAAUAUCUGGGCUGUGUAGAAGUUUUUGAGUCGCGCGGUAUGCAAGUUUGCGAGGAAGCCCUCAAAGUUUUAAGGAACUCUCGUCGUCGCCCGGUUCGCGGUCUACUGCACGUCAGUGGUGAUGGUCUACGCGUUGUCGAUGACGAAACUAAGGGCCUGAUUGUCGAUCAAACCAUCGAGAAAGUCAGCUUCUGUGCUCCGGAUCGUAAUCAUGAGCGUGGUUUCAGUUACAUCUGUCGCGACGGCACCACCCGCCGUUGGAUGUGCCACGGCUUUUUGGCGGUCAAAGAUUCUGGAGAACGUCUCUCGCAUGCUGUGGGCUGUGCCUUUGCCGUGUGUUUGGAACGUAAGCAACGCCGCGACAAGGAAUGCGGUGUCACAAUGACCUUUGACACGAAAAAUAAUACUUUCACGAGGACCGGUUCAUUCCGCCAACAGACGAUGACCGAACGCAUGGUCAACAACGAACGUGGCAUUGACACCCCAUCGGCUGCAGUGCCGCCCCAACCGAAACCUUAUAACCCCUUUGCCAUUGAAAGGCCCCAUGCUACGCUCACCAUGUUGGAGCGACAGAAUUCAUUCCGUGUGCUUAGCACAAUCGGUACCCAGUCACCUUUUAAACGGCAGAUGUCAUUGCGCAUCAACGAUCUUCCGUCCAACGCUGAGCGUCAAAAGGCCUUUAUGGCCGCUGCAUCAGGUCUCACCUUGGGUUUGAGCGCCAAUACGCCCAAUCGCAGUGUUUCACCCAUACCCGAAGUGUCACCGGCCCGACCCGGUGGCCUGGAGCUGGAGAAUGGUGGUGUGGCCACCGCCGAAACUGUUAGUCAACUGUGUCAGGAACUUAGCCAGGGAUUGACGUUACUCUCACAAAACGAUGCGGUGCUAGCUACGCCCACCGGUGCCGCGGGUGCUGGGGGCGUUGCCGAUGAUCUCAACUUCAACAAUAACUUGAGCAUUAAUCAGAAUAUAAUUGCUGCCGAGAAGCAAUAUCAAAAAGGAAUCUCCUCUCCAUCGAGUACCAGUAGUUAUGGUAUUGUGACGCCCACGGCCAAGAUAACGCCACGCAUAGCUGCCGGUUCGCCAGCGAUUUUGAAUACACCGCCACAGACACCAAGCAAUACACCCACGCUGCCGACAGAGAAAACAUCAGCUACGCUGGCGGAAGCAGCACUGCCACAAGCCGAUCAGUGGUUGGGUCAGGUGGUCAAGAGUACCUCACCGGCAGUACACAAACGUGGUCCGAUGUUGAGUGCUGGUGGCCGAACACAAUCGAUGAGUUCAGUGCCGGGUGUUAAUGAUCCUUUCGAUGCGGAAUGGGUGGCGGGCGUCACCAAGCCGCUGUCGCCUGAUAUGCCCUCGAGUAUAAGUACGGUAACGCCACCCACACCGCCCUUGCACAGUACCAAUCCAUUUAUAUCACCACCGAAGGCAGCAGCACAAUCAUUCCAGGUGCAACUAUAA